AUGGAGUGUGUCAUUGGUAUUGAUUUAGGAACUACCUUCUCAUGUAUGGCAGUCUGGAAAGAAAAUUCAAAGAGAGUUGAGAUUAUUACUAAUAGACAAGGAAAAGAAAUAACACCAUCAGUUAUAGCGUUUACUGAUAAACAACGAUUAAUUGGAGAAGAGGCAAUAAACUGUACUGGGACAAUAGUAUUUGAUGUUAAAAGGUUGAUUGGAAGAAAAUAUAAUGACCCAGAAUUACAAAAAGACUUAAAAUAUAUUACAUACUCAAUAAAAGAUAAUGGAAAAAAUGAGCCUAUAAUUGAAGUUCCUUAUAUGAAUGUUUUAAGUGCUUUUAGACCAGAAGAUAUAAGUGCAAUGCUACUAAGAAGAUUUAAAGAAAUUGCAAGUGAUGCAAUGGGAAGAGAUGUAAAGAAAGCUAUUAUAACUGUCCCUGCAUAUUUUAAUGAUUCUCAACGAGAAUCAACUAAAAAUGCUGGUAAAAUUGCAGGAUUUGAUGUUAUGAGAAUUAUUAAUGAACCAACAGCAGCUGCAAUUGCUUAUGGAUUUGAACAAAAUAUCAAAGAUAAAAGUAAUAUUCUUGUCUUUGAUCUUGGAGGAGGAACAUUUGACGUCACACUAUUAUCUAUUGACAAUGGAGAAUAUAAAGUCAUUGCCACAGAUGGAGAUACUCAUCUUGGAGGAAAUGACUUUGAUACAAAAUUACUUGAACUAGUUAUUAAUAAAUGGAAAGAAGAAGAUAAAGAUUUUGUGGGACAACUCACAAAGAAACAAAUCUAUAAACUACGUAAGAGAUGUGAAACUGCAAAAAUUAUUCUUUCUAAUAAACUAGAAACUAGAAUUGAUAUUACUGAUUUCUAUGAUGAUGCUGAAGAAGAAGAAGACGAUGAUAGAAUAUGUGAAUUAGUUAUUACUAGGGAGGAGUUUGAAAAUGUUAAUAAAGAAUUGUUUUCAAGAUGUUUCAUUUCAGUAGAAAAGGUGUUACAAGUAACACAAGUUAAAGCAAAAGAUGUUAGUGAAGUUGUAUUAGUUGGUGGAUCAACAAAAAUUCCUAAAAUCGAACAAAUGGUAAGUCAAUUCUUUGGUAGAAAACCAUGUAAAAGUAUUGAUCCAGAUAAGGCAGUGGCAGUUGGAGCAGCACUUCAAGGUGCAUCUAUGAUAGGACAAAUGCAAGAAAAUAAAGUUAUAUUAAAAGAUGUAACAGCACUGGGAUUAGGAAUUGAAAUAAAAGAUACAGAAAUGAAUGUUGUAAUUCCACGAUAUUCACCAUUACCAAGUAAAGAAUCUCGAAUAUUUGUUACGAAUCAAGAUAAUCAAGAAAUAGCGAGAUUUUCUGUAUUUGAAGGAGAAAGUAAAAAAACAGAAGAAAAUAAUUAUCUUGAUGGAUUUACAAUCUCAGGACUUCCAAGAAUGAAGAAAGGAUUAGUUAAAUUUAAAGUUACUUUUAAUGUUGAUAUAAAUGGAAUGUUAUCAGUAUCUGCAGUUGUUGUUGAACCUAAAGCAUUUAGUGAUCUUCAAGGUCAUUGUAAUGUUCAAACACAAAGAGAAAGAAGAUCAGAUGAAUCUAUAGAAAUAGGAAGAAAACGUAUUGAUGAAAUGGAUAAAGCAGAUGAAGAGAAUAGAAAGAAGUCAUUAGCACUACAACGAUAUAAAAGAUUAAUAAAAUUAUAUCAAGAGAAAAGCAAAACUAAUAAAAAAUUAGAAGAAAUAAAAGAACAUCUUCAACAAUGGUGGAAUGAAUCAUAUAAUAAAACUGAAAGUAAAGAAUUAAAUGAGCAAUUAGAAUAUUAUCAAAGUCAAUUAAAUAAUUUGUAA